AUGUCGGCAGAAGAGGCAAUCGCAGCCGAGGAAGGCGGCGCCACUGCGCCGCUGCUUCAAAGACCGCAGCCACGCGACCCAUUUGAAGGUUUGGACCAGGCUGGACGGUAUCCCACCAGCGCCCUGGUCGCGCCUUUGGUGCAAACCCUUGUGCCGGGACGGAGCAACGUCUCGCAGCCAAGAGCCUCGAGCCUGGUGCAGGAGCUGAGGUAUCGAUUGCUUGGAAUGGUCUUCUGCAUCUUCCUGACGACGCCGUUGGCCUUGCUUCUCCUUUUCCAGGGUGCG